AACAACAACAACACCAUGGCUACCAGGGAUAUCAAAGGCACACCACUCUCUUACACCCAGAAGCUAUAUCUGGUUAAACAAAUUAGAGAUUAUCCUGUAGUGCACAGCAAACCAUCAAGCUAUAAUAGUGUACUAGAGCGAAAAGCAGCGUGGGAGACGAUCACAAAGAACUUUAAUGUAUGUUUCUCCACAGCGGAGCCCAAGAAGAUACACCAGUUGAAGAGGACUUCGGAGUACUUAAAGAAUAAAGUGAAGAAGGAUCACAGCAGGUACAUCCGGGAAACCCAUCAGACUGGUGGUGGGCCACCACCAGCCCCACCAAAACCAGCUGAUGAGCUCGGCCUCAAUGACGACACCGCAGCUCGCCUUGACUCGUACGACAAGCAACGCCUAGAGCAGCGGAAGGUUAAGUGCGAGAAGUUCCUGCAACGAGCCAAUCAGAUAGAGGCCGCCUCGCUCUCUCCGGAAGACUUGAUCACCCUGAAGGUGUUCAAAGAGGAAAUAAACACCUACGUGCAAAACUUCCCUUAUAAGAAGUACUAUGCACCCGUCACCUUCAUGUCUGGGCCUCAGGAAUCCCUCAGGUACUUGGUGGAGAAGGAAGUGGUCCUCGACUCUUACAACGAUUACCAGAAGCUUCUCUCAAGGUACGCCGACUUUCCCAGGCAGGCAAAGGAAGUCCUCACACUGCUGAGGGAAAACAUCAAGGACAACAUCAUGCCCUCCAACUGGUCCAUGGUGGGCGUGGUGGACCGCUUUGACAGUCUGACCGGGCCGGUGGAGGAUUCCGUGUUCUACAAGCCAUUCGUCAACAUGUCUGACACCAUCACCUCAGAGCAGAGAACCACGCUGAGGCAGCAGGCGCAGGAAAGGAUCAAACAGGACCUGAUUCCCUCCUUCAAGGAAAUUCGUAACUUCAUAGUGGAUCAGUACCUGCUGGCCACCAGGACUGAAGUGGGGGUGUCGUCGCUGCCUGGCGGGAAGCCUUACUACCAGGCCUGUCUCAAAUUCCACACUACCACAGACCUCACGCCGCAGGAGAUCCACGACAUGGGCCAGAAGGAGGUGGCAAGAAUUGAAAAGGAGGUGCAUAAGACUGCUGCGGAGAUCGGGAUGAACGGCAAGACUUUCUCUGAGAUCAGCCAGGCCCUCAAGAAUGACCCGGUACAAAAUUUCACCAGCAAGAAUGACCUCCUGGACACCUUCAGGAACGCUGUCUACAACGACAUCUAUCCCCGGGUGAAGCAAAUGUUCCCCAGAUUACCGCAGACCAACGUCACAGUUGAAGGAGAUGAUAACCCAGAUGCGAUGCUUGCCAUGUACACCGAUCCACCCACAGACGGCUCGCGCCCCGGCCGUUUCACCAUCAACACUCACUCAUUCGAUGCAUUGAAGAAGUACGAGGUGAUGGCGCUGUCCCUGCACGAGACAUACCCUGGCCACCACCUGGAAGCCACAUAUGCAAGGCAGAUCCCAUCUAAUCACACUUUCCGCAAGUACGUCGACUUCACCUCGGAUCUUAACGCCCCGGCGAGGUUCCCGCUGCGCACCGCCAUCACCGAGGGCUGGGGCCUGUACUCCGAGUUUCUUGGAGAGGAACUCGGCCUCUAUACUGACCCUUAUCAGAUGAUGGGCCGCCACUCCUUUGAGCUGCUGCGCGCCAGUCGUCUGGUGGUGGACACUGGCAUGCACGCGCUGGGCUGGUCCAGGGACAGGGCUGUGGCUUUCCUACAGGACCACACGGCGUUCUCCGAGAAAAAUAUACAGGGUGAAAUCAACAGGUACAUCACGUAUCCAGGACAAGCCUGCGCCUACAAGGUUGGCGAGAUCAAAAUAAAGGAGUUAAGACGGAUGGCCGAGGAAGCUGUAAACGCCACUUUUCAGCUCUCAGACUUCCAUGACGUGGUGCUGGGGUGCUUAGCAUCACUGAAGGUCGUGGAGGAGUGUGUCAGGAACUACAUUGUAUCCGCCACACUCACCGCAACUUAGACACUGAGCCAGAGGAGUGGCGCAGCGCGUCAUGAGGCCACACCUUGCUGACGCGUGAGUGGACGGUGUAUUCAGUAAUGGCAUCUUCAAGUCUGUGCAGUUUGGUGUAGUGUAUGCCAUCGUGUUGCAGCUGUGUAUUAUUGAUUAAUUCUCCAUAAAUUGACAUGAUCAUGAAUAACGCUCCAUUAUAUGCAUAACUUAUAG